UGGCGAGCAGUUGCUACCAAGCUAUCGACGUCUCGUCAGGUUUGUGUUGCUGGAUGUUCUGACAGGAUGUCUCUGCGAACUUUACCAAUUCUAUUUCUCAACCUCGGGGGAGAGAUGCUUUAUAUCUUGGAUCAAAGACUGAGAGCACAGUCUAUUCCCGACGAGAAAGCGAGAAAAGUGAUGCACGAUAUCGUCGGAACAAUGUUUAACAAACGGUUCAUGGAGGAGCUUUUUAAACCACAGGAUACUUAUUCCAAGAAAGCUAUGAGAACCGUGUUUGACAGACUGGCUCAUGCAUCAAUUAUGAGACUGAAUUCGGCAAGCAUGGACAAGCUCUAUGACUUGAUGACGAUGGCUUUUAAGUAUCAGGUUUCUUUGUGCCUCAGACCUUCUGAUGUCCUCUUGGUCACAUACAAUCACAUGGAUGCAAUAAGAAGUUUUGCUUGUGAUAAUCCUGCCAUAAGCAACCAAGUAGAAAAUGUUUACAAACUACUGUAUGAGAGUUACGCCAAUUUGACAGCAGGACAGUUUCAAAUCAUACGCCAGACUCUUCUUUCAUUCUUCCAGGAUAUGCAUAUUAGGGUUUCUAUAUUUCUAAAAGACAAAGUUCAAAAUACCAAUGGCAAGUUUGUUUUAGCUGCUGAUGGCCCUGUUCCAUGGGACACUGAAGUACCUGGAUCAAUCAGAUAUUUUAAUGCCCAGGGUCAGGUUUCGAGAACAAGUCAUUUUGUGACAGGAUGCCGUUAUCAGCUAGCAGACAAGCCAGGAUCAUUUGAACUUCUUGGCGACCGAGUCAUAAAGCUUGGAACCAACAUGUACACUUCCUCUAGAGCAGUGGAAACAGUAACCAGCCCUCCUACAGCUGCUGCUUCUACUGCUUCUACCACUGCCAUUAAGAAAGGCCCUGGAAGCUCUGUGUCAGUAGCAUCAGAGGUGGAAACAUCAGAUAACCCAAAUCCCCUUGCUAAGGCUGAGCUGAACCUCCUAGCUCAUCUGGUUGGAGGAUCAAAUAAGAAACAGGAAAAUCAGUUUAGAUUAAACCUCUUCAGCACGGAUGAAGAAGAAGAGCAAGCAGCCAUCCAAACCCGCAAAGAGGCUCCCCACAGAGUUAUCAAAAUAGAUGCCACAAAGAAGGAACAAAGACAGGAACUGGCUCAUCUUAUGAAUGAAUUUUCAAUUGAAGGAACUGGAGACCGUGAAAAGGGUGAUGAGCUCUUAGACUUAAUGGACCAGGCUUGAAAUAUAUUUCUUCAUAGGCAGAACAAAAAAGUAACAUACAAUACACUGUUUGUAAAUAGUGCCAGGUUUUCCUUUUAUUUAUUCAACUGAUUCAAAUGAUCUGAAAACACAGCAGAGGAUAAAAAGAAAUUUUUAGGUCAAUUUAAUAUCUUCAAGUUUUGUCAUAAUCUUUGUUUUGGGUUAUACUGUACUUCAGUGUGUACUCUUCCAGUUGGUCAAAUCAUUUUAUUUAUUGUAUUUAAUUAAGCCGCACCAUAAAGUGAACACUUUUUAAUUUCUUGUGGAUGAAUGUGAAAUAAAAUAAUUAAUUUCUUAGUGCCCUCA